AUGCAUCUUUGGAAAAGAAAGGAAGAGCUCAUUGAAUUCGCAGACCCAGUGCCCAUUGCGUCUAAUUUUCUUCCACUCGCAUACACAACUAAUAUAGAUAAGAGGAGAGUGGAGAUAGUUGGAACAAACCAGUCCCGGAAUAGAAUAAUUGUCAUCUCAAAGGAAGGGGACCACUACCAAAUAGAAAAUACAAUAAGCACAAGCGUAUCAGUGGACUACAUUGCAUCCACAGACAUACUGAAAAAUGAAGGAAGAGAGUAUCUUGUCUUUUCCAAAAUUGAAAAGGGCUUCAGAAUAUUCACUGUCGAUUCCUAUGGGCAGGCAACUCCAAUUGGCUCCUCAGACAUGAUGCCAUUCCUUGUAACACACACAGGCGUAAAUCCCUUUUUAUUCACACAGUUAGACGGGAAGACGCACUUUCUUGAUAUACUUGAGAAGAAGACGUACCCUAGUACAUCACCCUUUGGAAUUCUUCGGAAAAAUCACUCUUCUGGGUUUGUGGAUAUCUCUGGGAAUGGAGUAGCAAACUUAGUCUUGGACACAGUGAAAAAUGGAAGGAGAGUGCUUGAGGUAUGGGACAUGGACAAUGGCAAAUACACUCUAGAAGGAUCUCUUGAGAUUUCAGGUGACUCUGGUCCCAUUACAUUCGGAGACUUCACUGGAACUGGUUCCGUGGAUAUCAUGUACCUUACGAAUAACCCUCCUGCAAUAAAUAUAAUCCCAAACAGACGACCACCCUACUGCACUAACUUAGUGAAAAAUAACUGCCUAAAUAAGCACAGUAUCAUGUACCCAGCAGAAGUCCAUGGAUACAGCAUUGAGGAUAAGAUUGUAUACCCAGUCCCUGGCAUCUCUGAGUUCAGCUUAUACAACGCGAAUGGUCCUGUCUUCCCAAGUAUAAUGGAUAUCAACAGCAACACAUACCCAGAUAUAUUGACAGUUGCAAGACCUAGCUCACAUGAUUCCUUGCAGCCUAUGCUAUUUCUUAACACGGAAGGAAAAGGAUUUGAAAAUGAAGAUGUCUUCUCAGAGCACUCUAGUUAUUUGAGUAAUGUUUCCUUCUACAGAGAGAAUCCGGGAAUGUGGACAGUCUUGGAGACCAGAGUGAUAAAUGGAGUAUCCAGCUUGUAUGCGUAUAAGAAUAAUUCAGAUAUAUCUGGGUACCAUCUGAGUAUAUCUACAACCAUAAAGACACCUGCACUAACUACGUCUGCAGUUGGGGCCAGUCAUGCCUGCAGAAUCACUGAGACAGGAAAGGUAAUUGUUGGCUUCCAUCCACCGCAGACAGGAUAUGCGGCCCUUCAGUCUCCUGUGAUUACAAUGGGCCUAGGGACCACAAAUGUCUUUGUUAGUUCAUUUCACUCCAGGAUACCCAGUCCAGACUACCAAACUGGAUACAUCCAGGACAAAAUAGUUCCAAACUCUGUGCUUGUAGUGGAGGUGUCACCAGAAAGGAAAAAGCUGCAGACCUCCCUUCACCUUAAUACAAAUGCAUACUGGCCCAUAGCAAUUCCCAUUAUUCUUACUAUUCUAUUUAUCCUUGUGGUUAUAACUGCCCACUUCUCCCUCAAGGCCAGAAAGUACAGGAAAUACAGUACACGAAAGACCAGAUAUGAUGUUACAUUUCGUGCUUUAUAA